AUGCCGAAAACGGUCUACCGCUCGUCCUAUCCGGACCUCAACGUCGAAUCUGUCGAUCUGGUGACCUACCUGUUCUCCAACCCUCUAAACACACCUCUCGACCGGCCAUUAUACAUCGACGCAGUCUCUGGAAAGCAAUAUACUUUCGGCGAUGUCAUCAAGCGCGUGCGCUGUCUAUCCAAUGGCCUUCGUCAGAGCCUUGGCCUGAAGCCGAACGAUGUCGUGGCCCUGCUCAGUCCCAACACCAUUGAAUACCCCAUCGCUUGCCAUGCGGUCGUUGGCUCAAGGGGUAUUGUCGCUCCUACCAGCGCAGCAUUGACUCCGCUUGAGCUGAAUGCCCAGCUCAAGACCAGUGGUGCGCGAUUCAUCAUUGUGCACUCCGCCUUGCUGGAGACGGCCACGAAAGCAGCCAAGGGAACAUCCGUUGAGCGAAUCGUCUUGCUAGAUGGCACACCUGCCAAUGGCGAUAUCACUUGCGAACACCUGGCCAGCACCUUCGCCGAAGCCGAUCUGCUCUCCAUCAAAUCCUCCGAGGCCGCUACCCAACCAACAUUCGUCUGCUUUUCCUCUGGCACCUCCGGCCCAGCAAAGGGAGUCAUCACAACUCACCAGAACAUGACCUCCAACCUGCAACAAUGGCGCGCCCACAUGCUCGAGUCGGGAACCCCCUCCCAGCGCUUCGAGCGCAACUCCGCCAUCGCCUUCCUCCCUUUCAGCCACAUCUACGGCCUGAACCUGUUCAUCUGCCAGUGUCUGAUCUGGGGUACUACAGUCGUCGUCAUGCCCAAGUUCGACCUGGAUGUCUUCCUCGGCUGCAUCGAAAAAUACCGCCCCUUCGAGCUGUCCGUCGUUCCACCCAUCGCUCUGAUGCUCGUCAAGGACGACCGCGUGUCCAAGUACGACCUCACUAGCGUGCGACGCAUCAUGUCUGCCGCUGCCCCCCUCACAGUCGAACUGUCGACCGCCCUGGAAGCGAAGUUCAAAGAGAUCAGCAAGACAGAAGUCUUCUGCACGCAGUCAUGGGGUCUGACCGAGACAUCGCCCUUGGCGUCGACAUUCCCCAACGACCGUAUGGACAAGCGCCACACGGGCGUCGGCAACAUCUCGCCAAAUAUGGAAUUCCGCUUUGUGGACGCAGACACCAUGCAAGAUGCCACCACCAACGCAGACGGGUCAACGCAGCCUGCAGAGAUUUGGUGCCGAGGCCCGAACGUCGUGAUGGGCUACUACAACAACGAAAAGGCCACAGCGGGCGCGUUCCACAUUGACGAGGAUGGAACGAGAUGGUUCCGCACUGGUGAUAUUGGAACUAUCGACCGCGAGGGCUAUGUUACCAUCCACGAUCGCAUCAAAGAAAUGAUCAAGUACAAGGGUCUGCAGGUUAUUCCUAGUGAGUUGGAAGGCAAGCUGACCGACCACCCUGACGUGGAGGAUGCGGCCGUUGUUGGAAUGUGGGUCGACGAGCGUGCCACUGAGCUGCCGGUUGGAUUUAUUGUUCUCAACCGCAGGGCUAAGGACCGUGAGCAGAAAGUUGUCGUUGAUGGCAUCCAUGCUUGGUUGAACGAGCGUGUUGCUAACCACAAGCGCUUGCGUGGUGGUAUUAUUGUCAUUGAGCAGAUUCCUAAGAGUCCCAGCGGCAAAAUCCUGCGCAGAGAGGUCAAGGAGAUGCUAAAGGCCAUGCUGAAGAAGCAGGCGACUAAGGCUCGUCUGUGA